AUGCCCAAGGCUCAGUUGCCGCUGACCCCGGCUCCCUCCGCCGAAAUCGCCGCUCUCGACAAGAGCAUCAAUUCGCCUGUCGAUAUGUACUUCGCACUCCCGCCCUCUGCCAUGCCCAGCAACAACAACAACAACAAUACCAACAACAGCGCCAGCGCCUUCACGCCCCUCUCGCCCUCCUCGCCCGAAGUCCUCGCCGCCGUCGCCGCCGCGGCCGCCAGCGAGUCGUCCUCCCGCACGCUCCGCCAGCGCUCGUCCGCGAAGCGGCCCGCCGCCGACUUCACCCUGCCGCCGCCGCCCACGCGCACCCGCAAGAUCAUCCAGGUCAAGCCCAAGGGCCAGGAGCUGCAUCAGCAACAAUCACAACAACAGCAGCAGCAGCAGUCACAGUCACAGUCACAGUCUCGAGCCACCGCUGCUGCUGGUGCCGGCGGGCAGGCGAAGAACGGAAAGGACGGGGCGGGUGGUGGGAGUGGAGCGGCGGAUGGUGGUAGUGGUGGUGGAGGAGGAGGAGGAGCGACGAAGAAGAAGCCGGCUAGCGCAACGACGGCGGCGGGGCGCAAGAUUGCGCGCCGCACGGCGCAUAGCCUGAUCGAGCGCCGGCGCCGGUCGAAGAUGAACGAGGAGUUUGCUACGCUGAAGAAUAUGAUCCCGGCGUGCAAGGGGCAGGAGAUGCACAAGCUGGCGAUUUUGCAGGCGAGCAUCGAAUACGUCAACUACCUCGAGAAGUGCCUCGUCGAUCUCAAGGCGGCCAACAACAACUGCCGCGAAGCCACGCCGACGUCGCCGACGUGGAAGCCCGCGCCCGAGCCGCGCACGGGGCUGUCGUCGUACGCCGCCUCGCCCGAGUUCGCCGCGCAGUUCGACUCGCUUUCGUCGUCGCACGCCGCCUCGCCGCACACCGCCGCCGACCUGCCGCCGCCGCGCGCCUCCUUCGAGAUCAUCCCCAUGAUCCUGCCCAGCCCGGCCCUGGCGCCCGCGCGCUCGCCGCCGUACCCGCCGCGCGUGCACCGCGACACCUUCUCGUCCACCACCUCCACCAUCUCCUCGCUCUCGACCGCGUCCAGCGCCACGUCGCCCGUCGUCAUCCCCCAGCAGCAGCAACAACAACAGCAACAGCAUGAGCCGGCGGUGUACACGCCGUCGCUGCGCGCGCAGGGCCGCCACGGCUCGGGCGGUGUAGCUGCUGCUGCUGCUGCCAGCGUGGAUGUGGACAUGGACCGCGAGGCGACGGCGGCGCUGCUGAUGCUGAACAUCGACCGGCGCACGUCGAGCGGCGUGGCGGACCUGUCGAAGCCGGUGUUUUUGCGCAAUAACUCGGACGACGGCAGCAAGAAGGGCAUCAGCGUGCAUGACUUGCUGAGCCAUUGA